GCCCAUCUAGAGGGGAUGCCAGUCCCAGUCAAACUCUGACUUUUACUGAGGUUUGAGGAAAGAAGAGAAGAUGGGGUUAUGGUGAUCAAUGAACGACGAUACGUGGAGAAAUGAUUCCUUCAUAAUAAUCUCCCUUUCUUUUCUCCUUUUCGCCCUUUUCAGCAUCAGAUCCCAUCCCCAGCUAGUCCCAACCUCCAUACGGUACCCGCCUUCUAUCUUUGCCCUCUAUCCAUCCACACUUCCACAGACUACAGUGUUGUUAUUUUUAUUUAUUUGUUCUUAUUAAAUCCAGUUCUGACCUCUGAGUUCGGGGAUUGCAACGAAUUGAAGGAAAACCCAUCAUGCUUCGGAGCUCCAUCAUGUCCUGAAGAGAAGAAACGGCGGAGAUUAUUGUCAAUUAGAGCUAAAGAUAAGGGGAGUGAUAGAUAUUAUAAUAUAUAUAUAUAUAUAUAUAUAUUUUGUUUUCAUAAAGAUGGGAUCUUUCAAGGGUCAUGCUUUACCAGGAACACUGUUUCUUGCGGUUGGUCUGUGGCACAUAUGGAGCGCCGUGGUUCGAUAUGUCUCGAAUCCCAAGUCCUUCCGGGUCCAAGUGUGGAACCCAGUUCCUGGUUUUGAUGGGAAGCUCAAGUACUUGGAGCUGUAUGUCAUUGCCAUUGGUGCUUUUAUUGACAUGUGUAUCGAGCUUCUAUAUUCAACCCACCUCAAGUUUUUUGUCAAUGGAGUCUUGAAUCCUUCCCACUUGAAUGAUUUCGAACAUUCUGGAAUGCUUCUCAUGUUUCUCAUCUUCGGUGUCAUCACCCUCCUAUCAGAGAAAACAAGUUUUGUUCCCUUACCACAAGGAGCACUUUGCCUGAUUGCUGCAGCAGCAUUCUGUGCGGAGUACCUACUAUUCUACUUUCACUCAACAAGCCAUAAAGGCCUUGAAGGAUACUACCAUCUCCUACUUGUCCUCCUAAUAGCACUCUGCAUCUUAACCGCUGUAGGGGGUGCCCUCUUCCCAACCAGCUUCGCAGUUGAUUUGUGUAGCGGAAUUGCUAUAACUCUCCAAGGCCUCUGGUUUUAUCAGACUGCCUUGACUCUCUACGGUCCCAUGAUGCCAGACGGUUGCCAACUAAAGGGAAAUUCAAUCAUAUGCCGUUCAGCUGACAGUGAGAUUCGAGGGGAGUUACUCGCUAACUUCCAGCUCUUUGCUCUGGUCCUUGGUGUUCUUGUUACUGUUGUGGGAUCCUAUGUUUUUGCAGUUUCAAGAUAUGGGAUAUCUGAUCUUAGUAGCAUGCACGCAGUUCACCAGGGGUUAAAUCAAAAUUAAUAUUGCGGUAUGCAAGCUAUUAUAUUCACAUGAUUGUUGUGCUGUGCAGAGCAAGAUUGGUAAAAAACUUCCUUUAGGAUGAAGGACUCAUCAGAGUCUUUUUGUUAUUGAGUAUGACAUGAGUCUUUUUUAUUGUGGUUUUACAGGCUUUGAUGCAUGUAUGCUGGUGGAGACUAGGAUGGCUAGAGGAACUCUCUUUUCCUACAAGUUCAAGAAUUGAUGCGCAAGUUGAAUUUACCGUUUGUGAAUGGAUGCAACUCAUUAGCAGACUGAAAAUUUUGACUUCAAACCAUAAAAUUAAUUAGGAAAAUUUAGGUGAUAACAAGUUUAUCAGGAACCAUAUUGAAUAUUAGUGAAUUAAGUAUCAUUUUUCGUCAAUGCUCUUUCUCAAAAAGGCAUGGAAAUCAGCGAGUGCUGGCUCCAGCAACUAAAUGAGAUGCAAAGAAGGUACCAACAACCACAACAUAUUACUCUAAGUAACUCCCUUUAAGUAGAAUCUCAAUUUUGAGUUUUAUGGAUAAAAAGAUAAGCAUUAA